AUGUCGCACCCCAGCCCGCACUUUCCAGUGCCUGCCGGCACAAACACCGUGCAGGUCCGCAUCGUUGACUCGACGACCAGGAUCCGCAAUUUGCCCAUCGAAUUUCUGAUGAAGCCGCCCAUGGAUGGCAUGCAAUACAUGCCCACGUUGCCUUCGUGGUCCUUUCUGAUUGAGCACUGCUCCGGGAAGAAGUUGCUGUUUGAUCUCGGGGUUCCAAAGGAUUGGCGCGUUCUUUCUCCCAGGGUCGUAGAGCCUCUGGCUGCUCGCGGGUGGGACAUCCAGGUCGAUAAGGAAGUCAUCGAUGUUCUUGAAGAAGGCCAAGUGGCGUCAAGCCAGAUAAAUGGCAUCAUUUGGAGUCACUGGCACUGGGAUCACCUGGGAGACCCCUCGAGGUUUCCACCAUCCACUGACUUGAUCGUCGGCCCUGGGUUCAAGGAGGCAUUCCUGCCAGGUUUUCCCGCAAAGGCGGACUCCCCAGUCAGAGAAAGCGACUUCCGCGGCCGCAACGUGGUUGAGAUAGCUUUCGACAAGUCGCCUGCCGUCAGCCAGGUAGGACCUUUCCAAGCAUUCGACUAUUUUGGAGACGGAUCCUUCUUUCUGGUCGAUACUCCUGGACAUGCGAUAGGGCAUUUGAGUGGGCUCGCGAGAACAACGGCCAACCCGGACACAUUUAUCUUUAUGGGCGGGGAUCUUUGCCAUCACAGCGGUGAGAUGAGGCCUUCGAAAUACUUGCACAUCCCGUCCGAGAUUGCACUCCCGUCGUUCACGCGCGGCACUUGUCCCGGUGCGGCGUUCGAAAAGUUGCUGGUUGAACGAACCGGGUCGCGAGAGAAGCCCUUCUUCGAGCCUGGAUUUGGUUUAGACCUCGAAGAGGCCACAAGAACCAUCGUCAAGGCUCAGGACGCGGAUGCAAGCGAGAAUAUCUGGUUUAUUUAUGCGCAUGACCCUAGCCUGAUUGGUACCGUGGAUCUGUUCCCCUUGUCUGCAAACCAGUGGAAGGAACACGGCUGGCGACGGAAGACCUUGUGGUGCUUCCUUGAAGAUUUUCGAGAUGCUGCCGAUGUAUUUCGUCGAGCGUAG